AUGAUGACGAUGUGCCUCUCCCACUACCUGCCGCACAGCAACACCAAGUCGUUCGCCACGCCAUCGCUGCUCCCACCGUCCCUCGUCGGGGCAAGCAGCCUGGAGUUCGACCCGCCGGCGCCGCUCAUCGAGUUCGACCUGCAGCUGAUGCUGCUCUGCCGCGUGCCCCAGCGACGCACAAGCGAAAGACGGCAGGACAGCCGUGGAGAG